UAUUCCGCCUCAGCUGUGAAGGGCCCUCAAACGAUGACUAUAGAAGUGCCUGGCCUCCGUGGUCCACCCGGCUUUCCAGGGCCUCCUGGAUCUCCGGGUGCGCCUGGUAGCUCGGGUGACAUCGGUGAUCCUGGGCAAAGAGGACCCCCUGGCAGUGACGGUAUUCCUGGAAGCCCGGGAGUUCCUGGCCAGCCCGGAAAAGACGGCCGGCCGGGCCGUGAUGGAGAACCUGGCGGGCCUGGAUGUACGGGACCUCGUGGUCCAAUGGGUUCCAUGGGUUUAGUUGGUAUGGCAGGACCGAUGGGACCCAAGGGCGAGACCGGCAUGAAAGGGAUGCAAGGAAGUCCUGGACUUGAUGGGGAAACUCAUUGCAGACAGGAGCAUUGA